AUGACUGGCAUUCUAUCAUUAGGUGCAGUUCCACCAGAUCAAAAAUCUCCAUAUGGUUCAAUAAUUGCUCCACAAUUAUUUGCACCAUAUCAUCAACACUUUUUUAAUGUACGUUUAGAUUUAGCUAUUGAUGGAAUAAAUAAUACAGCAUAUAUGGUUGAAGCUGAAGCUGAUCCAGAUGAUGCUAAAUAUAAUCAAUUCCAUAAUGCAUUUCAUAUAAAUAAAAUACGACUUGAUACUGAAAAACAAGCAAGAAAUAAUUUAUGUUUAGAAAAAUCUCGUUGUUGGAUAUUUGAAAAUAAUUCUACUCGUAAUGCUAUUGGUCAACCAACAGCUUAUAAAUUAUAUCCAGGUGAAAAUUGUAUACCAAUGAGUUCAAAAAAAGCUUGGUGGCGUAAACGUGCUAGUUUCGUUGAUUAUCAUGUAUGGGUAACACCAUUUGAUGAAAAAGAAAUGUUUGGAUCAGGAAAUUAUCCAAAUCAAAGUCAAUCUGAUAUUGGUUUAUUAAAAUAUACGGAACAAGAUCGAUCAAUUGUUGAUAAAGAUAUUGUUCUUUGGUAUACAUUUGGUGUAACACAUAUACCAAGACAAGAAGAUUUUCCUGUUAUGCCUGUUGUUAAAGGUGGAUUUACUCUUAAACCAAAUGGAUUUUUUGAUAUAAAUCCAGCAAGUGAUAUUCCUAAACCGAUGAAAAAAACCGAUGAAACAUGCUGCAAAAAAUAA